UAAAAACAAGGAUGCAGGAGGAUCUGAAACUUGAAGGAUUAUGAUUUUUCUCAUGUUUAAGAACCAGAUAAAAGUAUCGUGAGCGCUUAAAUGAGGAGAAACACUCUCAGACUAAGAUGCUUCUGUUUCUUUCCCUGCUGAUCUUCUGUGUGCCACUAAGGGGCGACACCUCACCAAUCAGUUGCUACAAUGACCGAGGAGAUGCUGUUGAUUGGUUUUAUAUCUACAAGCUGCCGAAAGACCAUCACAGUAAAUCUCCCCAAAAGGGUGAAAUGUAUUUACUGCUGGAGAAAGGCAGUGAAGGAUGGACUGAUGGUAAGGUGACAGUGAAUGACACCACAGGAGCUCUGGGCAGGACGGUCGGACAACUGUACUCGCAACGAAAGAACACGGAGGUAGCCUAUAUCCUUUACAAUGACCAGCCACCACAGAAGGACGUUGGUGACAGAUGGGAGGACAACAGUGGAAGCAGAGGGGGGCACACAAAAGGUGUCGUGAUACUGGAUAAAAAUCAAGGCUUCUGGUUGGUCCACAGCACUCCUCAGUUCCCCCCUGUGCAGCAAGCAGGAGAGUAUUAUUACCCCAGCAGCGGUGUGACCAACGGGCAAAACUUCAUCUGCGUCACGUACCCGCUCGACCGCUUCCGGACUAUUGGAGAGCAGCUGCAGAUCAAUCAGCCUAAUGUGUACGAUUGCGACGUCCCCGAGUCCUUGGCCUCCCUGGUGCCUGAGCUGGCUGCCGUUUGUAAGAAGAAAUAUCUGUCCGGUAACGUUUUCCCACAUAUCAAACUUGUGUCCAAUCGCAGCGUGACCCUGACCUCAAAGGAUGGCACCAACUUCAUCAGCUUUGCCAAAGGAGCCUCGUUUGAUAAUGACCUGUACCACUCCUGGGUAGCGCCCACCCUCCAGUCAAACCUCCUGGUCCAAUUCUGGGUUCGCUCCUCCGGCAUCCUCCCCUCUGACUGCUCGCUGGGCUGGAAGGUCCUGGACAUCAAGACCAUCUCCCCGGGGAAGACGUUCACCUUCAAGACCACUCAGGACCACUCCAAGUGGGCGGUCAGCACCAAGGCGGCUGUGUCGGGGGUAGGAGGGGGCUGGGUGUGUGUGGGAGAUAUUAACCGGAACAAGGCGGAGGAGAAGCGAGGCGGCGGCACGGUGUGUCUGCGGGAUCCAGUGGUGUGGAAGGCUUACCGGACGGCGGCCCUGGAGUGUGAGGCGUGCGGAGGAGAAACGGGCUCAUGUGAUGACGUGCUAUAGUUCAACUGGCAUUGAGGAAAAGCCGUAAUGUGUUGAUGAUGAUGAGAUAAUAUCACACUUAUGGUUAAUGUUUUAACAUAUUUGGUACACUGUAUAUAUUUCUGUGAAUGUCUGCUGAAAUCUAAUUUAAAUGCCUCAUGUGUACCAUUUUAGAGUGAGAAACAGAAUGAUUAUACGUAAGCUGUUAUCAAGAGCGGUUACAUCCUCUUCUAAAUGUAUUGCAUGCUGAACAAAUUUAAAUGAGGACAAGUAGUCAAAUCUAAAAGGAAGUAGUAGAGUUUACUGGAAAUAUGGUGUUAAUUUUAGAGACACAAGCCAUCUUUAUGAAAAAAAAGCCUGUUUCAAGUGUUUUCAAAGGGACUGGGUACUGUUUUAAUGGAAACUGAAGAGAUACUGGUGCAAACUGGUGAGUGCUGCUUUAGUAACUCAAACACUUUAUGUUUAAGCUGGUAUGAGGGAGCACAUAGGGGAAAACAUUUAUGAAAAUGGGUUUUGUGUGAUUUAAAUUGUACAAACAAAAUGGGAAUAAUUGCACUAUGUAACAAUCAGCACGCACACACACACACACACACACACACACACACUUCACUGACAAUAUUAAAUUACAGACGCUGACAACAUUCAGGUGUGAGGAAUGCUUUUAAUACUUUGUGUUUUAUGAGUGUUUGUGUUAUUAACUGAGUGUCUGCGUCUCAAAUGUGCUUUUCUGACAAGUCCAGAAUGUUUUGUUAUGUGCUUCAGAUGUUAGAGUAUCACAUUUCCACAAACAUACAUACAUUCAUUCUUAUUCUUAAAUUUCAUACCAUGAUUUUGCUUGAAAAGAUAAAGAUGCUGGCUGUCUUGAAUCUUAAUAAACUGUAUUGAUGUAUGUU